UUUAAUUAUUUGAAGCGUUUGCUUACAUUGUUUAUUUAUCUCAAUGGCGGUCGCGGUGCCUUUAUCAUUCGCCGCAAAAUGUGAUCAGACGAUCAGUCGUACAGGUUUUGGUUUAUACAACUAUUUCGCCUUGGGGAUGUCCUGUGCGUGUGCCUUCUCCCAAUCAACCGCCCUUUCCAGUUUACCGUUCGCAAUACCGUUAACCAUAUGCGACGACUACGCCCUAGCACCACCGUACACGGUGCAAGGUGUCGACUUUUCCCUAUAUUUGGGUAUGGCUUUUGGCGGGUCCGUUCUUUCUAGCAUUUCGGACAUAGUUGGAAGGAAAAGUUUGAUACCUAUAACGUUAAUAAUAAUUUUUGGAAGCACAUUGGCUUGUGGUUUCGCACAUCAUUUUCAAACAAUUUUCGUUUGUGUUUUCAUCUUGGGCUGCGGUUUACAGGCAAAUGCUAAUACGGUAAAAAUUCACUUGGCAGAGAUUUUACCAAACAAACGACGGGGAACGUUGCUGACCUUUCAGGAUCUCUUUUGGAGCGUUGGGUAUGUUGCCGGCACGUUGGUAGCGUGGCUCUUAACACCUGCAAUCGUGGAUCACCAGAAGGACGCAAUACGUUGGGCCACGUGGAGGAUGAUCUUUGGUUUGUCUGGGAUGUGUAGUAUUAUUGUGUCAUGUGCGUCCGCACUUCUUUUUCCCAGCCCUCGGUACUCAAUUCUUGGCAGGCAGUUCUCAGAAGCUGCAGAUACGCUUACGCGCAUUUACGCCAUCAACAACUCCAAACACUGGGAGACGUUUUCCAUAGGGUUAGACGAUCUUCGUGGUUGUAUCGACGAAUUCGACUUACACAAACACCCUGAACCAAUAUCCUAUUCCAAUCGCAUUGCAGUUUCUCUAAGAAAAAUUGCAAUUAUCAUUUCCGAACUCUUUCACCAGAGAUUCCUGAAAGUAACACUCCUUUUAAUCGCGUCUAAAUUUGUAGUAAUAUUUGACUUGUUAACCGUCAACGUGUGGCUUACUCAGACUGUCACAAAUAACAGCACAGACUGUACGUUCGUAAUGACAUCAUUACAUGGUGACAAUUAUGGCUGCAAAGAUGCACCAGACUCUCACUAUGGAAAUCUUUUCGCUUUAUCUGUAAACGUUUUCAUUGGGCAAUUGAUUUUAAUGGCACUGGUUGAACGUGUGGGAAGGCGGGUUGUAUUGGUUUGUGGUUGUGCGACAUGUGGAAUAUUAAGUUACAUUCCCACAUUUAUUCAUAACACGUAUACAGCAAGAUUUGUAACUUCUUCCAGCUUUCUGGUUGGUUAUAGCAUUACAGACUCCGCUCUAAAUAUAAUUAUAAUCGAAUCAUACCCGACUGCAUUUAGAGGAACGGCAUAUGGUUGUGUACAAUUUUUUGCGAGAUUUGUAGGUGGAAUUCUCAAAAUGUUUUUAAUCCUCCCCUGUGAAUAUUCUUUUAUUCUUAUGGGAUCUCUCAUGUUGGCUGGUGCCGUUAUUUGCUACUUUCUUCCGGAGUAUAGGGGAAAGCCAAUGGAGGAAUGACCCGAUCUGAGGCUGAGAAUAAAUUCUAAUGCCC